AACAAAUGUUUGCAAUGUUGAACUUAGCAUCAAAGUCUCGAAACCUGUAAGGAUAAUUUCAGGUGGGGACUGUAUUAAAUUUCUACGGCGGCCGAUGUGGACCAAAGGAUGCCAUGGCAAAAAUCUGUUCAAAGUGCUGGCGGAAAAUUUCUUCCAGAAAUACUGGUAGCUAGCCGAUAUCCUAAUUGCUACAAGCGUAAAUAAAUAGUAAAUAAGUAUUCAAAUACCGAGACGAAUGUUCACGCAAUAUGUGUUUUGAAACAAACGUGAGUUAUCUAGCUAGUUAGCUAUUAAGCUCGUGGAAGUAUCCACGUCUCGUAAAGAUUAUAAAGCUUUUGUUUGUUUUUGGCGAGUUUUUAGCGAGCCGGCUGAGCUAGCUGACCCCGAAGGGUCCCCAGUUCUUGGUCCUCGGUGGAAAUGGAGGAAGCUUUAUUAAAUCCACAAGAUGUUGAAAGAGCAAAGAUGUUCUGGGCCGGUGAGGACGUGGAUGAGGUUUUUGAUACAGUGUUUGUGUAUCUGGAGCAACUGAAGAGAGCCCUGAAGAAGAACACAGCAACGGAUAAAGAGCUGAUUCAGGCCUUGAAGCUGCUGGAAUCUCUGGACUUGACUCCUCCGGUCUCCAGUCAGGACCCAUCUGUGGUCCAGGUAGUUAUUGGCUCAGAUGGGUUGCUCCCAGGGGACUUCCCCAGCCCCUCGUCCUCGCCCCUUCCUUUCUCUAAUGGCGUGUCCAGUCCUACAGUGGCCUCUGCAGGCAGGGAGAAGUUGCUGCCUCCUCUAGUCCCUGUCCAGCUGCAGUACCAGCUCCACUCCUGCAGCAAGGCCUGUCUGCCCAGUGUGGCCAGCAUGUCUCAAUCCAAGUUUGCAUUAUGGGGUCAAAAUCCACUGAAGGUCCCACUACUCUGUGGCUUUAAGAGGCUGAGUGCAUGGCAACCGAUGUCAUAUGGAGAGGCUGAUGAUUCAGCAGACGUAGGGGUGGAACCUAUGGAAGAACAAGACAUGGAGGACUCUGAUGUUGUUUAUAAAGCUCCAUGUGGACAAAGCCUACGUAACCAUGGCGAUGUGAUGCAAUUCCUGGUGACUACAGAGUGCUAUGACAUCCUGCAGGUGGACCUAUUCACCUUUAACCCCUGUGUGCGAUUGGACCCUCCCAGCGCUGCCGGCCCUCGGUGGCCUGAUCUAGACCUGAGCCGGGGCAUGGAGGCCACACCCAUUGAGCUGUGUCCCGGAGAAGGUGGCGCUUGGCCACCUGACUUCCGAUACAGGAAGGACCGCUGGCCUCAUGGCUGCUUUCUGAACAGUGGCCCCACAUUGUUCAAGGUUUGCUGUGACUGCACUGAUGGCUGCCUGGAUGCAGAACACUGCGCCUGCAUUGCAAUGGCCAGAGACGGGCACCACUACACAUAUCAGAGGCUGGCUGAGCCUGUAGCAUCAGGGCUGUAUGAAUGUGGUCCCUGGUGCAACUGUGACCGUUCACGCUGUCAGAACCGUGUAGUCCAAAAAGGGAUCAGAGUCCGGCUGCAGGUCUUCCAGACCGAUGACAAAGGCUGGGCUGUACGUUGUUGUGACGACCUGGAUCGGGGAACGUUUGUUUGUAUAUACGCAGGUGUGGUUCUGAGGAAGAUCCAAAGUCCAGACGAGCCACCGCUGCUGAAGACAAUGAGGUGUGACCUGCCCUCAGACGAUGAAGUGGAGGUUGUGACAGAGUGGUUGGCCCCAGCGGUGGUAGCUGGGAGCAGAAAAGCACUGGAAACAUCACCACCUGUGUCCCCCUCCACCUCACACCCGUUGCAUGUCCCAGUGAUACAGAGUCCCAACGACACCACCUCCACCACACCCCAGGACAGAAACAAGGUUCAGAUGUUGGGUGUUACUGGGCAGACUUUACCUUCAACAGGUGUGGAUAAAAUGGCUGGGUCUUGUUCAUCAGGUGACCAGCCACAACCUGAGGAGAAGGCAGCAGACGUUACUAAGGUGGAGUCAAACAAGCAGAAGAUGUUAAAGAGGACAACAGAGGAAGUUCACGUUAUAGAUGCCACUAAGGAGGGAAACGUGAGCCGCUUCAUCAAUCACAGCUGUCAGCCCAACCUGUUCAUUCAGAAUGUCUUCACCGACUCCCAUGAUCCCGGAUUCCCGGUCAUUGCCUUUUUUACCAGCAGGGUUGUCAAAGCCGGCACUGAGUUGACCUGGGACUACUCCGCCCACAGACAAACCACCCCCCACCAGAAACAGGACGUGCCCUGUCUUUGUGGCAGCAGCGGGUGUCAGGGCCAGUUCCCUAUAGAGGAAAAGCUUUGUGACAUGUGUGAGGCCGAAGUUCCAGCUAUGAACGAAGCCCACUGAUCAACAACAAACAAAAAGAUAUUUUUAUACCUUAAUAUGGUUCAGUUUACAAUUCUACUGUACUCGCCUGUACUUGUUUCUUUAAUGAAUAAAUAAAGUAGUACUGUAUUUGGAAA